AUGAAGGUGUGCUGCCGGCUGCUCUCUGCCGCAGAUGCAGCGUCGCUCAUACGAUGUAUUGGCCCCUUUUCAGUGCACCGUGGUGAGGCGAAGGGUGUAAUUGAGGUGUUCUCCGGCGACCCCCAGCACCCCGUGAAGAAGCUUAACCUUCUUGACCUCGCCUAUGUGGCCGCUCUCCCAGAGCUCACCAAGCUACUCUCCGAGGAGCUCAACGCUGAAGCACGUGUUGCUAUUUUCGCAGCACGUGACGGGUGCUCGUUUUCGGCUGGCAUCGACUUGAGGCUGCUCUCGGGGAUGUCUCUGCCUUCUGGCGGCGGCGCCGUUGCCACUGCAGCAUCUUUGAGCGACACCAAAGCCCCUGCAAUGCUUCUUCAGCAUCAGCACCGUGCUGUGCGCGCUUUUCAAGAUGGGAUAUCAUCGCUGGCACGAUGCCGCAUACCCAUCAUUGCCGCAAUCGAUCACCACUGCAUCGGUGGGGCAACGUCCGUCGUAUCUGCGUGCGACGUGCGGUACACCACAACACGCGCAACCUUUUCUGUGAGGGAGGCGGCAGUGGGUCUCGCGGCGGACAUUGGCGUCCUGCAGCGUCUUCCUGCCAUUAUUGGUGAGGGACGCACGCGCGAGCUUGCCUUCACGUGCCGCGACUUCAACGGCGUGGAGGCAAAGGCAAUGGGCUUUGUCGAGGAGGUGUGUACUGAUUAUUCAGCGCUCCUUGCCCAUGCGCGUAUGCGGGCAGCACAGAUUGCUGCCAACUCGCCACUGGGCGUGCAGAACACAAAGCUAAUACUGAACUGGGAGCGGGAGCGCGCGGUCCAGACGUCACUCGAGUACCAAGCUGCAAUCAACGCCUUUAGCCUAAAGUGCAACGACAUCCCAGAGGCAGCGCGUGCAUUUGCUGAGAAACGGGUACCCAUGUUCACUGAUUACAUGGAAAACCUCACAGGAGGCUUCCCGCAGUCAAAGCAAUCGUGA